AUGGGCGAGCAAGUUCAAAGAAUGGAUUCUUUUCGGCUAUUGUUGAACGAUAUUAGCCACCAACUAACGGAGCAAAACCUACAAAGUCUUAUUCAUAUUUUCAACGUGCCAGGCGGGGUAAGAAAACAGAUAAACGACGGGCUAGCGUUGUUCGGCUAUAUGAUUACACAAGAUUACAUCAGCCGUGAAAAAAUCGGAAAUCUUCGCGAUUUAAUUCGAAAGUUAAGACCGCGCAGGAAAGAUUUAGUUCGCCUGGUGGAUAACUACAUCAAAAAGGAAUUUCAAACCGAUGAGGUUCGCUCAGUUAUCGGCGAUUACAGUGAUUCUUGGGAACACGUUAUCCCUGAAAGUCCAGUCACUGUACAGGAAGAAACGGCUGUAUGUAAAAUCGAUUGUGCGUAUCUAAAUUGCGUUUGUCGUAGAGUGCCUUCGUGCUACGUACCAAUAAUAGUAUUGUUAGUUAUUGCUAUAAUUGCCACCGCGGUGUGUUGGUAUGCAGAUGUCCCCAAAAUCAGCAAAUCCAUCAAAUCCAACUCGAAUCUCAAGAGAGCAGGGGUGUAUAUUCUCAUAGCAGAGGCUUUGGUACUUCUGGUUGUCAUCAUCCUCCGCAUCUGGCCUUCCUGCCUGGCUUUCCGAAAACCAAACUAUACUGUAUUGGCUAACCCGGGUGUCCAAGAAGGGCCAAACCGGCAAAUUAUUAACUCUGCAAGUGCCGGUCAAUUACAAGGAGUGGUGAGUGCUCCCAGGCCCUAUAGAAUCAGUGGGUCAGAAAGUGCUGUGUUCAGUAGUUAUACCUCCGGGGAAAAUUCCUGCCCGCAGUGGUUCACUGGUGAACCAGGUACAUCCGAUAGUGUGCAUGAGCAAGACAUAUCUGAACCUGAGACUCAGGCUAAAUAA